AUGGCCGGUUCCCUCACCCUGGUGCUCUCCGCAAUCGCUGGUUUGAUUGUCGCGCUUUGGGCAGCAGCACAGACCGGCGCGAAUCCACCUUUUCAGCUGCCCUUUCUUUCUCAACAGUGCCAUGAUGCAGGCACCCUUCACGGCUACUAUGCAUCAUCGCCUUAUUCUUCGAGCUGGAGGAGCUGGUGGAACAAGGACCGACAUGUCCCCUCGCUAAACGGUGCGCGCUUGGGCACCGAAGGCAGAGGCCAGGGUGGCGGCGCUAUCGGCAAGGAUUGGAAUGUCCUUUACCACCUUGGAGGUAACGGUCCUUGGGUCGAGAAAGUUGAUGGUAUUCUUGAUCAUGGUAUUGUGCUGCCCGAGGGUUGCACGGUCGAGCAGGCGCACAUGAUGUCACGGCAUCAUGAGCGGUUCCCAACUUUCAAGGCCGGUAGCAAGCAAAUUGACUUACUAAAACGGGUCAAAGACUCAAACGUCACUUUGAAAGGUGACCUGGCAUUCGCCAAUGACUGGGAAUACUUCACGCCAGACCCUGAGCGGGACUUUGAACAACUUACCAGCACUGGCCCUUUCUCUGGAGUUCUCGGAGCUUUUACGACCGGGGUCCGGCUCCGUACUCGCUACCAGCACCUGUUGCCAUCAGGCGGUAAACCGAAUUUCUGGGCAGGAGACUCGCCUCGAGUCAUUGACACGGCCCGCUACUUCGCUGCUGGCUUCUUUGGUCUCGACUGGGAGAAUCACUCCACCUUGCACAUCAUCCCGGAAACGGCUGAGCUUGGUGCGGACACGCUUACCCCUGGUGACACCUGCUACGCCUACAUCGAAGACCUGGAAUAUGGUCAUGAUUACGGCGCGCGCAUGCUCGCCCAGUAUCGAGCAACAUACCUAAGCGAGAUUCGAAAGCGGUUGCUAAAGCAGAAUCCGGACAUUGAGUUCACCGACACCGAGCUCUACUCCAUGCAGGAGAUGUGCGGGUUUGAGACGACCGUGCGUGGAAGCAGUGCUUGGUGUGACGUCUUCUCCAAGGACGAGUGGUUGAGCUUUGAAUAUGCUCGGGAUGUCAUUCACUUCUACCGUGCUGGUCCAGGAAACAGAUUCGGAGCACUGAUGGGAUGGCUAUGGUUGAACGCUACGACGAAUCUGCUUGUUGAGGGCCCAUCUGCCGGACCGCUCUUCUUCAGCUUCGUUCACGACGGCGACAUUGUGCCGAUGCUCGCUGCAUUGGAUAUUUUUCACGACGACGAGGAUUUGCCGAUAACGCAUCGAGCCGAUGGCCGUGCCUGGAAGACCUCUCAGAUCACCCCAAUGGGUGGUCGCAUCAUAUUCGAAAGGCUGUCAUGUCUUUCAGGAAGCGAGUCUUCGACGAAGACCUUUGUGCGCAUCAAUGUCAACGACGGAAUCGUGCCGGUGCCAGGCUGCAAUAGUGGCCCAGGUGGAAGCUGUCCGCUUGCGGAGUUCGCGGAAAAGGUCAGACAUAGGGGUGCGGAGCUGGGAGACUUCAGGGAGAAGUGUGGUCUUGGCGACGACAUGCCGGACAGAAUCACGUUUCUGCACCAGUAG